AUGGGGAAAGAACUUACUUUAGAACAAAAGGCUAUUGUCAAGAUGUAUGUGACACGUGGUAUAUCUGAAGGAAUAGUAAAAUGCUGCUACUGUGACAAGGAGAUAUCAUCACGUAACGUAGAUCGAUGGGCUUCACACCUUCGUGGAUGUGCCAAGACUCCGGAAGAUGUUAAGGUUCAAAUUCAGCCGUUUCGGAGCAAUUCGUCGACGACCAGUGGCUCCUCAACCUCUGAUCAAUUUGUAUCACAGUCUGUGAAACCAGAGGUACAACAGACAACUGCUGCUGAUAUUGCUGUUGUUCCCGCAGUAUCCACAGCGCCGACUAAUGUCAUUGUGGUGGCCCCCUCUCGUAUGCCUUCAACACGCAACUCCAUGGGUAGUGGAUACAAUGAAGUAUUCAAGGUGCAUGUAUCAAAGGACUACAUGAAAUUCAACGCAGCGCAUUUUAUUGCGUACAAGGGAUUUCGGGAAAAGCUGCACGGACACAACUAUCGUUUGGCCGUAACGAUCACUGGACAAAUUGGCCCUGAUGGCUACGUAGUAGACUUUGGUGAGAUUAAGAAGAUUUCGCGGGUCAUCUGCAAGGAUCUGAAUGAAUCGUUCCUUGUGCCAAUGAACAGCGAUGCUCUGAAGAUUACCUUUGAUAGCACGAAUGUACAUAUUAUCACGGAAGACAUGGCCGAGUUCAGCUUUCCCAAGUCCGAUUGCUCACUGUUGCCUAUUAUGCACUCGUCAGCAGAGGAGCUUGCCAUUUAUAUCAGCAAUCAACUUGUGGACGCUUUCACGCUUGUUGCACUUUUGGAGCGCGGUGUGUGCAAGAUCGAAGUGAGCAUUUCGGAGGCUCAUCAACAGUUUGCGUCGUAUGAGCGCACCAUUUAA